AUGGGACAUUUCUCUUCCAUGUUCAGCGGCUUAGCUAGAUCUUUCUCCAUCAAGAAAGCGAAGAACAGCAAUGGCAAAAGCUACCCGAAGAAAGCGGCAGAUGAAAUGGCGAGAGAGGCAAAGAAGAAGGAGCUGAUUCUUAGAUCCUCUGGUUGCAUUAAUGCAGAUGGAUCCAAUAACUUGGCCUCUGUUUUCUCCAGACGCGGUGAGAAAGGCGUUAAUCAGGACUGUGCCAUCGUCUGGGAGGGCUUCGGAUGUCAAGAAGACAUGAUAUUCUGUGGGAUAUUCGACGGACAUGGUCCUUGGGGUCACUAUGUAGCUAAACAAGUCAGAAACUCAAUGCCUGUAUCUUUGCUUCGUAACUGGCAAGAGACUCAGUCUCAAACCACUUUAGCAGAACCGGAAACAGACCUUGACGAAUCCGAUAAAAAGCUACAACGGUUCGCCAUCUGGAAACACUUGUACCUCAAGACAUGUGCAGAUGUUGAUCAAGAGCUUGAGCAUCACCGAAAGAUUGAUUCUUUUAACAGCGGCACGACGGCUCUAACCGUUGUGAGACAGGGUGAAUUUAUUUAUAUAGCAAACGUAGGGGAUUCGCGUGCGGUAUUGGCCACGGUUUCAGACGAAGGAAGUUUGGUCGCGGUUCAGCUCACCGUCGAUUUCAAACCAAAUCUACCCCAAGAGGAAGAGCGGAUAGUCAGAUGCAACGGGAGAGUAUUCUGCCUCCAAGACGAGCCAGGGGUUCACCGCGUGUGGCAACCGGAAGAAGAAUCACCGGGGCUCGCAAUGUCGAGAGCAUUUGGAGACUAUUGUAUCAAAGAGUACGGAUUGGUCUCAGUGCCUGAAGUCACUCAAAGGCAUAUAUCCACUAGAGACCAGUUUGUAAUCUUGGCCACCGAUGGGGUAUGGGAUGUGAUAUCAAACCAAGAGGCCAUAGACAUUGUUUCCUCGACCGCGGAUCGGCCAAAGGCGGCCAAACGACUGGUGGCGCAAGCGGUUAGAGCUUGGAAUAGGAAGAGACGCGGAAUCGCCAUGGAUGAUAUCUCUGCCGUUUGCCUCUUCUUCCAUUCUUCACCCUCUUCGUCAUCGACACAACAUAUUCACCCUGCCACGACCUGUAAGUAG